GCGUGCGCAGAUUCAAACGGUGGCUCUGGAAAGAGGCUGGGCGCGAGAUUCGGCGGCAGGGACAAAAACCAGCGAGGGCGACGAGCGACUGGAGUAGCGCCCAGGAAAAGUCGUGGGAGGGGAGGAAGGCCGCCGCCGGGGAGUGACAGGAGGAGCGGGGUUCGGGCUCCUUCCUAAUUCUUUUUUCCCCCAGCUGGGGCUGGGUGUAGGGCCAUGUCCCCCGGGCGGGGGGCCAGGCGCGGUCGGGGCUAAGGGGGCAGCUGCGCCACUGCUGCCGCGGCCGCCUGUCGGGGUCUGCCCGCCACAGCCGGGUGAGCACCCUUGGCCGGUGACCUCCCGCCUGCUCCCCUCUUCUCGCCUUAUGGUGCGUGCGAAGGAUGGCGAAGAGGCCACGCAGCUUGCACUUUGCAGUGAAGAAGAAGAUGAUGACCUUCACUAUGCAGAUCAUGACUAUGAAGUACCACAACAGAAAGGGGCAAAGAAGAUAUGUAAUAGAGUAAAAUGGACACGUGAUGAGGAUGAAAAGCUAAAGAAACUGGUAGAACAGCAUGGCACAAGUGACUGGACAUUCAUUGCUAGUCAUUUACAAAAUCGUUCUGAUUUUCAGUGUCAACAUAGAUGGCAGAAAGUCCUGAACCCAGAACUGAUUAAAGGCCCCUGGACUAAGGAAGAGGAUCAAAGGGUUAUCGAACUUGUUCAGAAAUAUGGUCCUAAGCGCUGGUCUUUGAUUGCAAAGCACUUAAAGGGAAGAAUAGGGAAACAGUGUCGAGAGAGGUGGCAUAAUCAUCUUAAUCCUGAGGUCAAGAAGUCUUCAUGGACUGAAGAGGAGGACAGAAUCAUUUAUGAAGCUCACAAACGUUUGGGAAACCGGUGGGCUGAAAUUGCAAAACUCCUUCCUGGAAGAACUGACAAUUCAAUCAAAAAUCAUUGGAACUCGACUAUGCGAAGAAAAGUUGAACAAGAGGGUUACUUACAAGAUGGGAUAAAGACUGAGCGACCUUGUUCAUCAAAACUGCCACACAAAACUUGUGCAUCUGCGGACCAUCUUCAUACCCAGAACCAGUUUUACAUACCAGUUCAAGCACAUAUCCCAGGUUACCAGUAUGUAUCAUCAGAAGGCAACUGCAUAGACCAUAUUCCAGCUUCUCCAAACUUUAUUCAGCAGCCAUUUGAUGAUGAUCCUGACAAAGAGAAGAAGAUAAAAGAACUCGAGUUGCUACUUAUGUCAGCUGAGAAUGAAAUCAGAAGAAAGAGAGUUUCAUCUCAAGCUGGAAAUUUUCCUAACUGGUCUGGAAGCUUCAUCAUGGAAGGUAGCAUGGCAAAUACCCUAAAUAGCCUUGGGGAACAGACAAAUGACUUUUACAGUAUGGAUGAAACCCAGGCUGGAACAGCUCAGCAGAAUUCACCCACCAAAUUUUUGGCUGUGGAGGCAAAUGCAGUAUUGUCAUCUCUACAGACUAUUCCUGAAUUUGCAGAGACACUAGAACUCAUUGAGUCCGAUCCUGUAGCAUGGAGUGAUGUCACCAGCUUUGACCUCUCUGAUGCAGCUACCUCACCUAUUAAUCAAGCUCCAGUAAAGCUAAUGAGGAUUCAGCAUAAUGAUGGAGCCAUGGAAUGUCAGUUUAAUGUAAGUGUUGUACUUGAUGACAAAAAAACAAGCGAUGAAGAAGAGGCAACUUUGUCAACAUCCCCAAAUGCAGCAAAGUUCAGCACUCCCCCUGCUAUUUUGCGCAAGAAGAAGAAACUCCGAAUGGGACAGUCGCCAGUCAGUGAACAAAAUGAUGGCUCAUGUAGUAAUGCUCCUACUAUUGCACUGAAACAAACACCAGUGAAAACACUACCCUUUUCUCCCUCCCAGUUCUUCAAUACCUGUUCUGGAAAUGAGCAGUUAAACCUUGAAAAUCCUGCAUUUACGUCCACUCCAGUUUGUGGCCAAAAAGUUCUUAUUACAACUCCUUUGUAUAAUAAGGAAGUAACACCCAAAGAUCAAAAGGAAAAUGCAGGUUUUAGGACGCCUACAAUUAGACGAUCUUUACUAGGCUCAACCCCAAGGACUCCAACUCCUUUUAAGAAUGCUUUAGCUGCUCAGGAAAAAAAAUAUGGUCCUCUGAAAAUUGUGUCACAGCCACUUGCCUAUUUGGAAGAAGAUAUUAGAGAGGUUUUAAAAGAGGAAACUGGAACAGAUAUAUUCUUCAAAGAAGAGGAGGAGUCUGUCUAUAAGGGCUGCAGGUUAGAGAACCCUUCUGCCAAGAAAGUCAGGAAGUCAUUAGUCUUGGAUCCUUGGGAAAAAGAAGAACUUGAUGCCCAGCUUUUCACAGAAGACGGUGUUUUGGAUGUACAGUCAGAAAAUAUCUAUACUACAUCACUCCUAAUGAUACCAUUAUUGGAAAUACAUGACAAUAGAGGUAAUCUGACUCCAGAGAAACAGGAUUCCAGUUCAUCAAAGCUGAAUGUGGCAAUGAAAAAAAAACUAAACACUUGCACUUCAAAAAAUGUCAAAACAGAAAGGACACUUCAGGCAAAUUGUGAAUGGGAAGCUGUUGUUUAUGGGAAGACAGAAGAUCAACUUAUCAUGACUGAGCAAGCAAGAAGAUACCUGAGCACCUAUGCAGCAACUGGCAAUACUUCAAGGGCUCUGAUAUUGUGAUUGUCACACAUGUACCAAUCUAUUUUUCCUUUUUGCUACGGACUUUAUGCUGAUUUUUUUUUUUCAGUGAUGUGUGUGCUGAUACUUUUUUAGAUUUGAGACUACCUUAUAAGGAAGAACUUGUCUCUUUUUAGAAAAUGACAAAUGUCAUAUGUAAACCUUUUUUUAAACUGAAAUUUUAAAUAUUUUAAAACAAUCUAAAGAAAACGGUGAAAGAAAUAACUGACUUUUUUUUUUUUGCUUUUAAGCCAUUUUUUGUGAUGUUCUUUAGUAAACACAUCUACACUCCUUUGAAGAAAUUUUUACUGUAGAAUAGGUUUAUAGGUACUUGGUGAUCUAUGAAAGAAUAACCUACACAAUUCUUUGAAAUGCUUAUUUGCUUAUGUAGCAAUUUUUAUAAAGAAACACAAAAGAAAGGAAACUAAAGGAAUAGAAGGUUGCACUACUAGUUCUAGGUAUGCUGCACAAAAUUAACUACAGUGUUAAAUGUAUUUAUUUGAGAAUGGUACUUUUAAUAAGAUAGUAGGCAAAGGGAUCAAUUUAAUUUUUAUUAGGGUAAAGCAUCAGUAUUCAUGGAUCUCAAUCUGAGACCAUUGUUGAAUGUAUUGUACAGCAUGUAGGGAUCGGAAAGCUUUUGUAAAUUGGAAGGGCGUUUGUGUUUUAUUUAUUUUUCAUUUUUAAAGGUUAAGGCUGCAAUCUCACCAAGUGCCCACAUGUUCCUGCUGCUCUACAAAGCACCAUGAACCUUAGGUGAAAGUUCUUUGCUUGUAGAGGGGGAGAGAUGUAGGAGUAUUCUAACACCCACUGCUCAGAGAUGAACAGGGAUACAUAGUGUCACCUCCCACUUCCUUGAUUGUGACCUCUGCCUUGUGUAAUGUUUUCACACUUAGCCCGUUCUAGUGCUUCUUGAGAUGAGCUACAUCUUCCUUCUGGCCACCCCACAUCAUCCCUUCCCACAUCCCUUCCCACCCCCACCCCCCACAUAUCCAUACAUCUCAAUAACUGUACAGUAGAAGCAGCAGCCUAUCAGUCCUAACAAGGUCAUUGGUUUUCUCUGACAAGUUUGAAGCUACCUUGCUUAAGUCUUGGGGACCCAUGCAUUGUCUUCAUGUAGUAAGGCCUUUAAGAACUUUGCCAUAUUCUACAAUUAAGAGCAGCAAGAAAAACACUCUGUAGUAGUUGCUUUUGUGUUUAAAGGAAGCAGAGAGCAAAAGAAGAAUGGAGUGGUAUUAGUCCUGACACAGCUUCAUGGGGAAAAAUGAAGGGACUUUCUUUAGGUGACGGGAUGUGAGCAGCUUGUGGAAAUGAAAGACUGCAGAAUGGACUCUUGCCAGUACUGUGAGAGCAUCUUGCUACCUCAUAUAUACUAACAUAUGUGUCUUAGAAAAACUAGGAGCAAGCUGCUGGUGGUUGCCAGUUCUACAACUUGUCCAGAUAGGGAGAGGAGAGUAAACUCAGCACCACAUAAGGCAUCCUAGCUGACACUAUCAUGGAAGGGUCGUAGAACACUGUACUGUCUACAAGAGAUGUUUACAAACUAGAAAAUGGGGACAGAGGACAACUAUUGUUGAUAUUUCAGCAAGCGCUCUAGUUUUUCUUCUUGUUUCCACAAAUGCAUGUAACUUAAGGAGACAGAUUGGAAUAGGUGUGGUACCUGAACUGGCUGACUGAAGAAGGGUGUCUUUGAAAUGGUUGCAGCUGAUCUUGUCCUACUGCUAUCAGAUUGGAUCAGAGCAGGAAUAUUAAUUUUAAUUCAUUAUUAUGAUGAAUAUUGUCUUUUUUUCAUGAAGAAACACAGGUCUGGGCAUAAUCACAUUCCAUAGUGCGGGAGACUUGUGGACCUGCUCAUUUUUAAGCUUAGGAUGUUUGCCCACUUUCACUGUGUAAUCUCCAAGAAAAAGGAAGAAUGUGUGUCCUCUCUGUGAAGGAUAGUGAGGGAGGAUCAUCUGCUGUGGCAGGAUGCUUGAAGUGUCUGAGUUGCUCUGCAAAUGCCACCACCUGAAGCAUGUCUAUGUGGUGCAAAUGAUAUGUAGAUUGCAGCCUUAACUUGUAGAUAUUUAUAUGUAUGCAGGUUGUAUAGAAGCUGAUGUUUUCCUGCUAAAGUAACUCCAGCUGAAAUGAGAAAAGGCAAAUUUUAAUGGUGCAUAGAAUAGCAGCAACGUUAGAGGCUGCAAAGUACAUAAAUGUCUAUUUCAUCUACUUAAAGAUUGCACUAUCCCCUUUUUAAAUCAUGUUGGUCUACGUAGUAGUUCAAAAGUUCAACUAAGUUAUACUACAAGUAUGCCAGUUAAAUUGGUUAUAAAGGGAUAUAUUUAUGUAGGGAUGGAGCCUGAUGACUCACUUAUGUGGCUUCUUGUGGCCCUAUACAGGAAUUAAUACAAAUGCAUUUCAUUUACACAUCCAAGAGAAAGUAAGGGUCAGAUCACACAGUUGCUUCCCUCAACGUGCCUGCUUCCAUGAGCCUUCCUCUGCCACUUUUGUGCUGCUUUCCUGUGGGGAGAAGCUGUUGUAAACUAGGCUGUAGGCUGCUACAGUCAGUUAUUCUUGUGAUCAUGGUAGAUGAGAAAAGGUGCUGCCACAGUCACAGAAUUUGCUGUUGGCUGUAUCUCUCUGCAGCCCCAGUCACAUUAACAUUUCCUCAUGAGGGCAUGGGUUAUGGCUGUUUACACUGAGGUUAUGAACUGCUUCUAAAACAUAUCUGUCCCUAGAAGCACCCCACCCCACCCCAAAGCAAGUAUGAUAUUUAAGCUUUCUCCAUGCUUCCAAUCCUCACAGGCUGCAGCAGUUGCUUCAGUUUACCUGCUUUAGACAUUUGCACUUAUUUUUGUCCUAUUUGAAGGAAUGUCUUGGUUUUGCUUUUGUUGUAGCUGUUUUUAGUUGAUUUCUUGCAGAACAUAAUGGUGUGCUGUCAACUUAAAUACUGACAGGUAAAUAGAAUUGUAUACUGUAGAUGUUAGCGAUUUAUAAAUCUGACACUCUUCCUCUCCACUCCUGGGUGUGCUGCUAUAGAUAGUAGCAGAAUCUGCUUGCUGCUAUGAGAGAUGGAAAGAGCGAGCAUCAUAUGCACUGUAUGUAAAAUGACAAAUAGAAUGAUGGCAUGUUCUCAAGUUAACUUGAUAUCAACCGUUGCUGUGUGGGGAGUAACAAUUACUAGCCAAAAAACUUGAUACCACGUAACACCACAAACUCUAAAAUUAAUUUCAUUAUUUUAAUAUUUUGUGUGGUAUGUAAAGCAAUCUAUGGUUAUAGCAUACUUCUUUUUUUAAAAAAAAGCUCAAGCCCCCAUACCAUAGUUAUUUAUUUAUUAUUCUAAAGGAAUAUUUAUAUAUAGAAUGUUCACCUAGCUGCCUUUUAAUAGGCACAGAAGGUUUUAUCCAGUUUAAAAACUGUUUUAAUUUUUUCAGAACAACUCUGAAGAAAAGAGAAUUAUUCCUCUUUUUCAGAAUGUAAGAAGUCAGUUUGGAACUCUCUUUAGCAUUGUUGGUUUUGGUGUGUUCACUCUUUAAGUAAGCUUCUUCUGAAGGCUUCCUACCUGAAGCGUAAAGGAGUUAAGUGAAUGCCAUCACUUAACUCUUUUACAUAGAAAGGCUACAAUCCAGAGGACCAUUUAUCUACUGACAUGCCCAUUACAUGGCAAAUCAUUUCCAAAGCUUGAUCGCUAUUUGCAAGGUUGUAUGGGUGGGUGUGUUAAUCAUCUGUCCUGCUGAGUGUAUACAAGCACUUAGCGGUACCAAAAUGAGGUUUCUGGAUUGUUGCCAAUAUGCCAAGAUCUAGAGUCUUAUGUGUGCAUCAACACUUUUUGAAUUUUUGUCUUCUAAUUGCAGUUUCCCAUACUGCAUUGGAGGCUACUCUAGACAGGGAAUAGCAGUGGGGUUGGGGUGGAGAGACUCAAGCUCUGCAGUGCACACAUAAGCUUUGCCUGCAGCUCUUUGGGUCUCAUUCCAUGCCUUCAUUUUUCAUGCCUAAAAAGAUCUUUGCAGGAGGUAUGUAAAUAACUCGAUAAUAAGAAAUAAAAUGGUACCAAAGCCACCAGUAUCAAGGUUUAACAUAGGUCUCUGGUAAGUAGUACAAACUGGAGUUGGUAUUGGUUGAAUUUUUCAGUUAAGCUUUUGUAUUGCAUUAGCUGGGCGGGUAGGGGGGGGAGGUUUUAAACCUUUGACAUUUUAGAUACCUUUUGAUACUUUUUUCAGUUUUAGGUGCAUUUGCAACUUUUUGUGUUUUAAGUCGAAUAUACCUACAGCAGCCAAACAUGCAUGUUGGAAAAUGACAGCAUUUGUUAAAACUUAUGUUUUGUUUUAAAGUUUUAACUUUAAUUAUAAGAUGAAUAUCUUGGUGAAAUUCUGUUGUGUUUUUAUUGUACUGCUGACUUUGUUUCUUUUACUUCAGCAUAUUUUUGCAUACAAUGCAGGCCCACAUUAACACCAGAAAUAAAACAUUUAUGUACACA